CAUCGGGGUUUAGGUAGGGGAAUGGCGAUUUUAUUCUCUUCACAUUAUCCGAGUUAAAUCUGGUUUAAAAUCCUAUCAUCCUCUCGAAAAUUCACGAUGGGACGUGUUAUCAGGGGACAGAGAAAAGGUGCCGGCUCCGUGUUCAAAGCCCACGUGAAGCACAGAAAAGGUGCCGCUAAACUCAGACACAUUGACUUCGCAGAACGUCAUGGUUACAUCAAGGGAAUCGUAAAGGACAUUAUCCACGACCCUGGUCGUGGUGCUCCCCUGGCCAAGGUGGCUUUCCGUGACCCCUACCGGUUCAAGAAGAGGACUGAGCUGUUCAUUGCUGCUGAGGGCAUCCACACCGGACAGUUCAUCUACUGUGGCAAGAAAGCUCAGCUGAACAUUGGUAAUGUUCUGCCUGUGGGCACCAUGCCUGAGGGAACCAUCAUCUGCUGUCUGGAGGAGAAACCUGGCGACAGGGGCAAGCUGGCCAGGGCGUCUGGGAACUACGCCACAGUCAUCUCCCACAACCCAGAGACCAAGAAGUCCAGAGUCAAGCUUCCCUCUGGCUCCAAGAAGGUCAUUGCUUCUGCUAACAGAGCUGUCGUUGGUGUGGUUGCCGGAGGUGGACGUAUUGACAAGCCCAUCCUGAAGGCCGGUCGUGCCUACCACAAAUACAAGGCCAAGAGGAACUCCUGGCCACGUGUCCGUGGUGUGGCCAUGAAUCCUGUUGAACAUCCCUUCGGUGGUGGUAACCACCAGCAUAUUGGAAAACCCUCAACUAUCAGGAGGGAUGCACCCGCUGGUCGCAAGGUCGGUCUCAUUGCUGCCCGUCGUACAGGCAGACUGCGUGGAACAAAGACUGUCACGGAGAAGGAGAACUAACUCCCUUUACAAUAAAAUGUUCCAAGGAAGCUGAUCUAUGACUCCUUUUGUAGCGCCAGUGUUUGUAACCAUGGAGUUGGAUACGAGGACAAUUCGCUCUGUUUUUGGUAGCACUCAUCUAGCAGUGAGGGUUACAUUUUAUAAAAGUGUAGUAGAUUUGAGUGCGGUUGAUGGGGCCGGAUCACCGUAAUUCGUCUGCUUAAUGGCAUUUAUCCAAAGUACACAUUUUGCUAAUUGUUUUUCCCAACAAUGAAUUAAGACAUGGUUAAAAUAAGGGGAGCUUAAUCAUGGUAUCACAAGGUCCGAUUUAGUACGCUGCAUUUUAUAAGCCCAAGUUCAAUACACUGCAAAGCAUGUAAGAUCCUGGCCAUUUAGCUUUAGGCAUGUCCUGAGCACCCAGAAAGUAAAGUUAUUUUUCAAUGUG